CCCAGACCCGCGUCUACGAGCCGCCCGUGCGCCAGCCCGUCACCGGCGCCGGCACCGGCGGCGCGCCGUUCGUCCGCCGCGAUGACCCGAACGCGCCGCCACCCGCCAAGCCGCCCACCAUGUCGCUCAAGAUUGGCGGCGGCGGCGCCGCAUCCUCGUCGUCGUCGUCGUCCGUGUCGCUCCCGCCGCGGGACCCGGACGCCAAGCCGGCGACCGUGAGCCUCAAGAUCGGCGGCGGCAGCAGCAGCAGCAAGGCGGCGCCCGCAGCAGCGGCGGCGGCCGCCUCGUCGGGCAGCAAGGCGUCGACCCCGAGCUCGAGCAAGCCCGGGACGCCCGCGCCCGGUGCGGCCUCGGCGGCGGCCAAGAAGGAGCAGUCGUCCAAGGCCGACAAGGUCGAGGCGGUCAAGGCCAAGAAGGAGGAGGCCAAGAAGGUCGAGGAGGUCAAGAAGGUCGAGCAGGACAAGAUCGCCGAGGAGGUCAAGGCCGUCGCCGACGAGGAGACGCUCGCCGACCUGUACGGCGUCGACGACAUCAAGGACGUCAAGCCUCACCUCAACAUCGUCUUCAUCGGCCACGUCGACGCGGGCAAGUCGACGAUGGGCGGCAACAUCCUGUACCUGUGCGGCAUGGUCGACAAGCGCACGCUCGAGAAGUACGAGCGCGAGGCCAAGGAGGCCGGCCGCGAGUCGUGGUACCUGUCGUGGGCGCUCGACUCGACGUCGCAGGAGCGCGAGAAGGGCAAGACGGUCGAGGUCGGUCGCGCCUACUUCGAGACGACGGCCCGCCGGUACACGAUCCUCGACGCGCCCGGCCACAAGAACUAUGUCCCGUCGAUGAUCAGCGGUGCGGCGCAGGCCGACGUCGCCGUCCUCGUCAUCUCGGCGCGCAAAGGCGAGUUCGAGACGGGCUUCGAGAAGGGCGGCCAGACGCGCGAGCACGCCAUGCUCGUCAAGACGGCCGGCGUCUCCAAGCUCAUCGUCGUCGUCAACAAGAUGGACGACCCGACCGUCAACUGGGACAAGACGAGGUACGACGAGAUCGUCUCCAAGCUGUCGCCGUUCCUCAAGGGCACGGGCUACAACAUGAAGACGGACGUCACGUUCAUCCCCGUCUCGGGCUUCACGGGCGCCAACAUCAAGGAGCCGGUCGACCGCAAGCUCGCGCCCUGGGUCGAGGGCCCGCCGCUCCUGUCGUUCCUCGACGACCUGCCCAUCACGGACCGCAAGAACAACGCGCCCCUCAUGAUCCCUAUCUCGGAGAAGUACGCCGACAUGGGCUGCGUCGUCGUCGGCAAGAUCGAGUCGGGCAAGGUCCGCAAGGGCGCCGACCUCCUCCUCAUGCCCAACAAGACGCCCGUCCAGGUCCAGGCCAUCUACAACGAGAUGGAGGAGGAGGUCCCGCUCGCCCUCUCGGGCGACAACAUUCGCCUGCGCCUGCGCGGCGUCGAGGACACCGAGAUCAACGUCGGUUUUGUCCUGUCGAGCCCUGUGACGCCCGUGCACACCGUCACCCAGUUCGAGGCCCAGCUCGUCAUACUCGACACAAAGAACAUCAUUACGGCCGGUUUCCAAGCCAUCAUGCACGUCCACACGGCGUCCGAGGAGGUGACGCUCGGCGCGUUGCUCCACUACUACGACAAGAAGACUGGGCGCAAGAGCAGGCGGCCGCCGCAGUUCGCCAAGAAGGGCAUGAAGAUUGUCGCUCUCGUCGAGGCCGCCAACACGGUCUGCAUCGAGCCGUUCUCGACCCAGCCCUCGCUCGGCCGGUUCACCCUGCGCGACGAGGGCAAGACGGUCGCCAUCGGCCGUGUCCUGCGCGUCAUCACCGACGCAGCGACCGAGCUUCCCGACGUCGCCAAGCUCCAGCUCGAGGCGGGUGCGGCGUAAGCAGGGCCGGUCAGGGUCGAGACGAUGGCUGAGCCGAGGAGGAGCGGGUUGUGCGCGACUGUAAUCGAGGUGCCACAUGUUCUCGCUGUCC